UUCCUCCUCCACCACAGAGUCAUAAACACACGCACAACCUCAUUUCAACCUCACUCACCCCGAGAUCCUCCGACACAUCAUACAUGGCGUCCAUCGCUCUCACUUCCUCCUUCUCCCCGCCCUCCCUCCCUUCCCUCCGCUCCCGAAAACCCACUCCCUUCGCCUCCCAGUUCCGCUCCAUCUCCCUCCCACACUGCACAAAUGUCUUUCACUUUUCACAGAAUAUUCCCACUUCCCUUUCUCUCCCUAAAUCCCCUCCAACUUCUACCUUUAUCAAAGCAAGCCCUAAAUUUAGCGUCCGAGCUGCCGCAAGUGCUGGCGCGGUCACGCCUGCCCCGGCGUCUCCUCCAUCACCGCCAUGGCAAGGCGCCGCGAUAACACCGUUGCUCGUCUCCAUUGCUACCGGGGUUGUCCUCUGGUUCGUCCCCGUUCCCUCCGGGGUCUCGCGCAACGCUUGGCAAUUGCUCGCCAUCUUCCUAGCCACUAUUGUCGGGAUCAUCACCCAGCCGUUGCCCCUUGGUGCCGUGGCGCUGAUGGGACUCGGAGCCUCCGUGCUCACAAAAACCCUUACCUUCGCCGCCGCGUUCUCCGCCUUCGGCGAUCCGAUCCCUUGGCUCAUCGCGCUCGCCUUCUUCUUCGCCCGCGGGUUCAUAAAGACCGGAUUGGGAAACAGAAUUGCGUACCAGUUCGUGUCCUUGUUCGGAAGCUCCUCGUUGGGGUUGGGGUACAGUUUGGUGUUCAGCGAAGCACUGUUGGCCCCGGCGAUCCCAUCGGUGUCGGCUAGAGCCGGUGGGAUCUUCCUUCCUCUUGUGAAGUCGCUCUGCGUUGCAUGUGGUAGCAAUGUUGGCGAUGGGACCGAGAACCGGUUGGGGUCGUGGCUGAUGCUCACGUGCUUCCAGACCUCUGUGAUCUCGUCGGCGAUGUUCUUGACGGCGAUGGCGGCGAAUCCGCUUAGCGCCACCUUGACGUAUAACACGAUCAAGCAGACGAUCGGGUGGACCGAUUGGGCCAAGGCGGCAAUUGUGCCCGGUUUGGUGUCAUUGAUUGUGGUGCCAUUGCUUCUUUACGUGAUUUACCCACCUACGGUGAAGAGUAGUCCCGAUGCGCCGAAAUUGGCGAAGGAGAAGUUGGAGAAGAUGGGCCCGAUGACUAAGAACGAGAUCAUCAUGGCUGGGACUCUGCUUCUUACGGUGGGGCUCUGGGUUUUUGGAGGGGUGCUGAAUGUGGAUGCUGUCACCGCAGCCAUACUUGGAUUAUCUGUGCUCUUGAUUACUGGGGUUGUUACAUGGAAGGAGUGCUUAGCUGAAUCAGUUGCUUGGGACACCCUCACGUGGUUUGCUGCGCUCAUUGCAAUGGCUGGGUAUCUCAACAAAUAUGGUCUCAUCUCCUGGUUCAGCCAAACUGUAGUCAAGUUUGUUGGCGCAUUGGGUCUUUCAUGGCAGCUAUCUUUUGGCAUUCUGGUUCUUCUCUAUUUCUACUCUCACUACUUCUUUGCCAGUGGAGCUGCUCACAUUGGUGCAAUGUUUACUGCCUUUUUGUCUGUUGCUAGUGCUUUAGGCACUCCCCCAUACUUUGCAGCCAUGGUGCUCGCCUUCCUCUCGAAUCUCAUGGGUGGCCUUACCCACUAUGGCAUUGGGUCAGCUCCUGUUUUCUAUGGUGCCAACUAUGUCCCUCUUGCCAAAUGGUGGGGCUAUGGAUUCCUCAUAUCUGUCGUCAAUAUUGUAAUCUGGCUUGGAGUUGGAGGGAUUUGGUGGAAGGCUAUCGGCUUGUGGUAGAAGGAGCUUUUCAUUAGAAGUUGGCGACCCAAAUUUUAGUAAUUUCUGAUUUUUGUUCACCCACAGGUGCGAUACUCCCUUUCACGUAUGCUUUCCAGGGAGGAUGUUAGUUUUUUUUUUUUUUUUUUUUUUUUCUCAUUCUUAAAUCUAGAAAGAAUUGAUUGGUGCUUUGGCAAUCAGACCUGAGGUGGGGAAAAAAAGUAUACAGACAAGGUGUCUUCAGAAAUUAGAACAUGUACCUGAAAUUUUGACAUGGCAUGCAUCUCUGCCUGCAAUUCAUAACACAACCAUUAUUGGAUCC